AUGGAAGAAAUGGAAGAAUUAAGCCAUUGGAACGACUGGCCUACUGACAAAGGCUUCGAUCCUGAAUACGAGCAACGCGAGCCAGUCGAGCUAGCAGUGACCGGGACCAUACCAGCCUACACCGCAGGAGUGUUGUAUCGCACGGGUCCAGGGAAAAGUCACAUCAAAGCCGACAAUGGAGAGACUCUCCAGAUCUCUCAUUGGUUUGACGGCUUCACCCAGAAUCAUCGAUUUCAGAUCGUCGCGGAUGAUCUCAAUGGAUCCUCACGAGUCUUCUACAAUUCCCGCUUUUCAACCGAUGAUUUGAUUCAAAAGGCCAUCGAAACAGGAUCCCUGAAAGGACUGGGCUUUGCAGAAGGUCGUGAUCCCUGCCAGAGUGUUCUGGGCAAGGUUCAAAGUGAAUUUAUUCCUCAACCCACCCCUUCAAGCAAGAACGUUGGCGUGACUCUUUCGAUCAAUUUCCCUGGCUUGGAUAACAAAGACAAAAACGACUCGAGUUCUCGCUGGAACAACCCUCAAGGAGUCCGAACUCUGUAUGCCAAGACAGACUACAAUGCCUUUCAGAAGAUCGAUCCGGAAACACUGGAGCCUCUCGGUCUUGCAUCACAGCUAGAUCUACACCCCGAACUGAAAGGCCCAGUUACCGCAUCUCAUACUCGCUCUGACCCCACCACUGGAGACGUCUUCAACUAUAACCUCACACUGGGAUCAGCAUGUACGUAUCGCGUGUUCAAGGUCUCAGCAGCAACUGGAGAGACAACAAUCCUGGCGACAUUUGAUGCACAGCCUGCCUACCUCCAUUCGUUGCUCAUCACCGAGGACCAUGUCAUCCUCUGUAUUUGGAACGCACAUCUUGAUCCACGGAAGAUGGCUGAGUCCUUCAUGCAUGCAAUCCUGCCUACAGAUCCCACCCAGCCGGCGCUCUGGUAUGUCAUUGACCGCAAAGGGGACAAUGGAUUGAUUGCGACAUACGAAAGCCCUGCAUUCUUCUGCUUCCACACCAUCAAUGCAUGGAUCGAGCCUUCGGAAAAGGACGCAUCUCAAAUCGACAUUGUUGCAGAUCUAGUGAGAGCCGACAACACGGACCUGAUCCAUAGCCUCUACUACAAAAACCUGAUAUCCUCUCUGGAUACAGCCAAGAGUUUCCAAAACAACAGAUCCGAGUCUAUCAAGACAUCGAUCACCCGCUUCCGCCUACCUUCCGUGCCGCGAACCCCGUCUACAGAUGUAAAGAAGGCAACCCUUGAAUGGUCUGACCUCAAAUUCCUGUCCCCAGAGCUACCGACAAUCAAUCCAGCCAAGGGUACCCGGAAGCACCGAUACGUUUAUGCUGUGACCAUGCGCGGCAUGGGUACUCUGACAGAUGGUAUCAUGAAACUUGACUGUGACACCAGGGAAGGCCAUGUCUGGAUAUCUCGUGGGGACUCGCCCGGGGAGCCCAUCUUUGUCGCCGACCCUGAAGGUACAAACGAAGACGAUGGUGUACUGCUCAGCGUGGUGCUUGAUGGAAGUCGUGGUAAAAGCUAUUUGCUCUGUCUUGACGCUCGGAACUUGUUGAAGCUUGGUCAGGCCAACAUUGACGGCGCUGUUGGGUUGGGUUUCCACGGCCAGCAUGUCCCAGCCGCUGUGGGAAUGCCAACUGGUGACUAUUACUAG